CCUGGCCUGUGUGUUGAUCACUGAGUCAUCAUCCUUCUCAGCUCCUACAUUUUCAGGAAAGCUUCAUUCUGUUAUCCAUUCCAGGGUCGAGUCAAAUCGGAUCAACAGCACCCCUCCGUAAACCUCCUUGAACUAGUGGUGAAGAACCAGCACGAUGAGGAGUGGAGUGGGUCUGUGUAUGAUGGUCUUGCUGGGCUUCGUUUUUAGCCAGGAUGCCCAACCAGGAGUUCACAUCUUUUGCGAUGACCCGUCUGUUGAGACGGCGGUGACAAGUGCGUUACACUUUUUCAACGACAAGUUGAGCACGACCUACAAGCUGGCCCUCUUUCAGAUAUUGAAAGCCACCAAGUCAGAGAACGGCUCCGAGUCUUUCUACUCACUGCAGUUUUCCAGCAGGAUAAGUGACUGUCUGGUCGGAAGUCCCAAACCCUGGACAGACUGCAAUUAUCACCCUCAUGGGCGUAAAGUGCCGAUCUCAUGUAUUGCCACGGUUAUCGUAAAAGACGCCGUAACAGACACUAAACAUGUGGACUGUCCAUUUGAUGACCAUAUUGUGCCCGAAAGAGCUUCCUGUCUGGGCUGUCCGAUGGUGAUUGAUGAAAACUCAGAGGACCUUAAAGUUCCUCUAUCAGUCUCCAUCUCAAAGUACAACUCGAUCUCAAACUCGACACACCUGUUUAAUCUUAACAAUAUUGGACACGCAACAAGACAGGUGGUGGCUGGGUUCCGGUUCAAAUUGAGAUUUGACAUGAGGAAGACCAUCUGUGCCAAGGCUGAACACGCCGAACUCAGUGACCUGUGUGUGCACAAUGAUGAAGAAAUGGAGUUCAUUAGCUGUAAUUCCACAGUGGAUGUAGCACCGUGGAGACUUGUGCCUCCUCAGGCCAACAUCGAGUGUGAAGAUGGUCCUCUGCCUCCUCAGGUGUUUGGACACGCGCCAGUUCCAAGACGACUGCCUCCCGGCUGGACUCCCUUCAGGGCUGAGAUUCAUCCAGCCAGCUCAUUGUUAUUAAAAGGCAAAGAGGAGUCAUCCGAAGAGGACACGACAGCCACACCUCCCAUUACUGCGAAUGACAGCCCCUUCCAUUGUCCGUCCAAGCCCUGGAAGAAAUUCCACCCUGCCCAUCCUGUUGCUUCCACACUGGAUGGCAUUCCACCAGCCCCCACAAACAGGCCUCUCCGUGAUGAAGACCUUCUGGCAUGAACGCUUCAUCCAGAAAACACAGAUCAUGCUUUGUAAUCUAAUUCAUCUGCUCAUAUUGGACGGGUUUGAAGAAAUAUCCUAGUGUCGCAAAGAUGUUAAAACAAACUAAAACCAAAAAACAAUUGGACAUUUUUAAGUUUAUGUCACUCUAUUGAAUAUGAUAAAAAAUUGUAUUUAAUAAAUCUGAACACAAGUUAGAA